UUAAACUCUCAUCUGAGAUUUAUUAACUGUUAAGACACAAUUAUUAUAACAUUUCUGGUGAUUUUUGAUUUUCUGGUGUUGUGCAAGAUGAUGAAGAAAAUGUUUGUUGUAAUUUUGAACUGUUUCUGGAGUCUAUCUGGUGUAUUUGGCACAGGUGAGUCUGUGCCAGUGAUGGAGGGAGAUUCUGUCAUUUUAUCUGUCAAUCUCACUGAAACACAGAGAAAAGAGGGAAUCUCCUGGAAGUUUGGACCUCAUGAAAUCACCAUAGCUGAAAUCGAAGUUGGUGACAAUAACAUGCGUUUAUAUGAAAAUAGAGCUGAUGGAAGAUUCAAAGGCAGACUGAAGCUGGAUCACAGUGGAUCUCUCACCAUCACAAACAUCACAACCACAGACGCUGGACUUUAUAAAGUGUCCCAAACCAGCACAGACAAACAACUCAAUAUAUUUCAUCUUACUGUCUAUGCUCCUCUUCCAGUUCCUGUCAUCACAAACGCCUCUCCAGAAAACACUUCAUCAUCAGAAAGAUCAAACUGUUCAUUGUUGUGUUCAAUUUUGAAUGUGAGAGAUUUAAGAGAUGCGAGUCUCUCCUGGUACAAAGGAAAAAGUUUAUUGUCCAACAUCAGUGAGUCCGAUCUCAAAAUCAGCCACAUCUCUCUACUUCUGGAGGUGGAUUAUCAGGAUACAGACACAUACAGCUGUGUGGCACAACAUCCUUUAAGCAAACAGACUCAAUAUUACUGCCUUACUGAUCUCUGUCAACAGUGUUCAGGUAUUAAAGGUGUUUAUUCUGAUCUAGACUCAUUCAUCUUUGAAAGAUCUUUCAUCUCAGAUUCAGUUACGGCAAUGAUAUUUACUGGUCACUGAUCUCAGAUCAGAUUC